AACAAAAAAAAAAAAAAAAAAUCCAUCAGAUUCGGAGAACAGAAAUCUUGCUUUCAUCAACCUUUCUUCUUUUCCCUCCCCCAACAACAAAACAUUAACAACAACAACAACAUCAAAAAAAUAAAAAAAACUCAUCCACAAUGCCAUCAGAGCCCACCAUCAAUUACAUCAAGAUCAGUGGUGAACCAGACCCUACAAAGAUCAUCAAGGUGCAGGCAAACGAUGGCAAGUCUGGAGAGCCCUUUGAACUUGCAUAUAACAGCUGUAAGGCCAUCGGCAAUGGUUCCUUCGGUGUUGUCUUUCAAGCAAAACUAGCAGACACUGGCGAAGAUGCAGCCAUUAAGAAUGUGCUUCAGGAUGCACGGUUCAAGAAUCGUGAACUAGAAAUCAUGCGUCUAGUCUCACAUCCCAAUAUUGUUGAACUAAAGGCUUUUUUCUACAAUGAAGAAAAGAAGGAUAAAGUCUAUUUGAAUCUUGUGCUGGAAUACAUCCCCGAGACAGUUUAUCGUGCCUCGCGUCACUAUUCCAAGAUCAAGCAGAUGAUGCCUAUUUUCCAAGUGAAGCUGUAUAUGUAUCAGCUGUUCCGUGGCUUGGCUUAUAUUCAUGCUUUAGGCAUUUGCCAUCGUGACAUCAAACCCCAGAACUUGUUAUUGAACCCUGUUACCGGAAUCUUGAAACUAUGUGACUUUGGAAGCGCAAAAGUCCUUGUUGCAGGAAAGCCCAACGUGUCCUACAUCUGUUCACGAUAUUACCGUGCUCCAGAACUGAUCUUUGGCGCAACGAACUACACGACCAACAUUGAUGUCUGGUCAGCAGGGUGUGUUAUGGCAGAAUUAAUGCUUGGUCAGCCAUUGUUCCCUGGAGAGAGUGGUGUUGAUCAACUGGUGGAGAUUAUCAAAGUGCUUGGAACACCCAGUAAGGAGCAGAUCCAGACAAUGAACCCAAAGUACAUGGAACACAAGUUCCCUCAGAUCAAGCCUCAUCCUUUCAAUAAGAUCUUCCGCUCAAGGACAUCUCCAGAAGCAUUGGAUCUUCUUGCACACCUCUUGGAAUAUACACCAUCAAAACGAUAUACACCUAUUGAAGCCAUGGUUCACCCAUUCUUUGAUGAGCUCAGAGCACCAGAGACGAAACUGUGCAGUGGCAGGGAUCUUCCUCCUCUUUUCAACUUUACUCCUCUCGAACUCUCUAUCCGCCCAGAUUUGAUUCCCAUGUUGGUUCCACGCCAUGCUGAAGCUGAAUUGAGUUCACGUGGAAUUGACAUCCACAGCUUUACUCCCAUUGAUCUAAACGCUGUUCGCGUCAUACUCGAUUGAGUACUGGAUAAAAAAAC